AUGUUAUAAGAAAUUGAAUUGACUCUUGAUCAGAUUUUAAAUCAGAUUGAUAAACAUGACGACGAGCUUGAUUUUUCAGAAGAGGGAGGACUAGUUCGUAUAGUGGCAUUUGAUUAACUAAAACUGGAUUUGAGAAAGAAAAUUAUCGUAAUCAACUUAUCCAAAAAUCGAUUGAAAAUGAUCGAGGAAGUGAAUUAAUUUUAUAAUUUGAGAACAUUAGAUGCAAGCAACAAUAUUAUAGAAGAUGUCAAAUUAAAAACACAAAGUUUGCAAAUGCUAAAUUUAUAGCAUAAUAGAUUAAAACGAUUUCCUGAUUGCGGUCCCCUAUCUUAACUUAAAUAUAUUGAUAUUUCUCAUAACUCUAUUACAACAAUCCAAAAUAAUGAUAUCAAAUAAUUCUCAAAAAACUUAGAAGUACUAUUAAUCAAUGAUAAUUUAAUUAAAUUUGCUCAUGGAUAUGAUAUUAAGAACAUUCUUGAGGAAUUAAAGCAAUUGAAAAUAUAGACUCUGAACAUUUUGAGAAAUCCAUUCCUAAAAAAAUAACCUCUUAUUGAAACUGCAUUUGCUGUUACAUUAUCUGGAAUAUUGAAAACUUUGAAUACCAAAUCUAUAGAUUUAUUUGUACCUGAUGCCAAUUUCAAUAUUGAAGAAGUAUUAGGAGAUGUAGAGUUUGUUGAUAGUGAACCUGAUGAUGAAGAUUAGGAAUAUGCCAAACAGUUAUGUGAGAAGAUAACUAAAUGUAUAAAUGAUCCUUAAGCAAUUGUCCCUUGUUUAAGAAGGAUAGACGAUUUGGUAAAUAGAAUUAUUGUUUAACCAAAUAAAGCUGAUUUGUGUUUUCUUGAUAAGGAUCCAAAGAAGUAGCAAUAAAUUGCAGAGUACAUAGACAGUUUCUUGUAAAAUUGCUUUCUUUUCGCUUAAAAUCAAUAGAGUUAUGUAGAGUAAAUUCUUAAGGCUUUGGCUUAAUUAGCAAUUGUGAGAUGUUUAGAGAUUGGUAGGAGAUGCUUUUAAAUGGUGGUGGAAAUAGUCAGAAGUGGAACUGGUAUGGCAUUAAUAGCUAGAAAUAUUAUUUAGAAAUAUAGCAUUCCUUUAUUGUAGUAAUAAAAGGAGUUAGAAUAUGUUCCUACAUUUGUCAUGGAAGGUAUUUUGAGAACAGUAGAAGAAAGAGAUGACGAAGAAAUGGUUCCAAUAAAGUUGGCUCAAUUUAAUUUUGUAGAUUGGCUGGAUUAGAUUAUGGCCAAUUAUAUGAAGGAUAUGGAUAACUUAAGAGAAGAAUAACAAUAGAGAGAUGUUCUAUUUCUAAACUUCAUGGCUUAAUUAGCAGAAUUCCAAAAAUUUGCAAAUGAGUAUCAUUAUAGAGGAAUUAUAUCUAAGAGUUUAGUAUUAUUCAAAUUGUUAUUGAAAUCUGAAUUGGAUGAAUAAUACAUAGGGAUCUUGUAUUUGAUCAAUAAUUCAAUGAAAAGGAGUCCAAUAUGCACUAAGGAAGUAUUGGAGUCAAGAUAGACAGCAUGUAAUUUUAUUAAGGAUGUGGAAGAUGAACUAAGGAAAUAUCUGUUCAUGUUUAAAAAGUUCAGAAAUUCCCUUUUGAAUCCUGAGACCAAAGAGAACAAGGAUACGAUUUUAUUGAGAUAUGAAAAAGUGGGGAUUCUCAUAUAAGUAUAUGGAACAAUAUGGAAAUCUGAUAACAUUGUAUAAUAAUAAAUAAAGGAGAGUUUUUUGGUGAAUGAAUUGCUAUAGAUGGCAACAAUCCCAGCUAUACAUCCUUAUUUAAUAAACGCAGUAGCCAUAUAUAUUAGAAAACUAUUGAAGAACAAAGUGAUUAAAAUAUAAUAGCCUGGAGUGGAUAACAAUGAGAUUGUCAAAUACAUAUGCUUAAAAACUCAUAAUUGUGAACUGCUGUUGCAUUAUUUAGGAGGAGACUAUUAUGUAUUGAUGAUGAAACAAUUAGAUCCAACUAUCUAGAAAUUAACUAAAAAUUUAAGUUCUUUACUUAAUGUAAAAAUACAUGAGGUAUUUAGAAGCAUCAUCAAACUACUGAAAUUUUUCUCCAAGAAUGCCAUUGGGUAUGAUAGCCCAAUUUCUGAUAUUUGUAUGGAAGUAAGUAAGAAUUUAGAUAACAAUGGGAGAGAUGAAGCUUUAUUCAUUGUUUUAGCCACUCCUAGCGAUAUGGUCAGAUUGGCUGUUGUUUAAUGUCUAUUAACAAUUAAGGUUUCAUAAUUAGAUUCUAAAGAAAUUGGUAAAUUGGUGACGCUCUUAGGUUCCUAUAGGAAUUUGGGUGCUGGUAAAACUGAAAGUGUAGUUGCUAAUAUUAUGAUGAUUUUGACAAAGAUUGUUGUUGGAGAGAAAUCAUCAUCCAGAGAAGAUUUCGUUACAGUGUUCAGUUAAAAUGCAACAUUAUAUGCCCUUGAUAUUUUAGAGAGAAAUUAAGAACGUGAUCUAUUGGAAUUGGGUGAAGACAAUUCAGAAUAUUAAGAGAAGGUAGAAUUAUCUUUUGGAACUAACAAUUUUUUGAAGUCAUUACAUUGUGAGCCAUUAUUAAGAGAGAAUCUGAAAGGACUCUAUUAGGCUUAAUGUAUGAAGACCUCGCUUCUAAAUGAAGAUAGUUUACUUACAUCUGAAACCUUAGACAUUGAUAUUGAGAGAUCCUUUAUUGGUAAAUAAAACACAUACCUAAUAUCAGUGUUAUUUAAUAGGGAUGCAUUAUUGCCUUACAAGAAGGUAUCUGAUAGAAUUUUGAUUAGAAUAGCUGAGAAUUUAGAAAUGAGACCUGAAGAUGAUGUAGAAGAUUUGAGUAAGGUCAAAAAUCCAGGUUUAUAUGAUUUCAAGGAAAUUCAAAAGAUUUGGAAGAAAAUAGCUUUGGAUAGAAGAGCUAAAUAAACUGAAAUAUGGGAUGCUAUGAGAACUAGUGCAGAUCCAUUUCUAGUUGUUGAAAACCAAGAGGAUUCUGCUUAUCACAUAAGUUAGCAUCAAUUGUUCUACGAUUAAGAAGGAGCAAUUAACUUGUUGGGUUUCUUAGUUGGUCGAAAUCAAUCAGCUAAAUCUUUGUCUUUGAAAGAAUACUUUCUUGAAACCUUUGGAAAUUAAUUGAUAUUUGAACGAAUGCUCAAUUCAAUCAAUUUCUAUAUUCGUGAACAAGUCCAUGAAUACUGUGAUAAUUUAAAUAAACAGGAAGAAGUUAAAAAAUUAUCAACUACAAGAAUGAAUGAGAAAUUAACAACCAUAUUUCAAGGAUUGCCAAUGCCUACUGAUCCAUUGAGAGGAUUCAUUAAAUAGAAACCCUAUUUUAAUCCAAAUAAGAUUAUUCAUUUCCCAAUGUUCACAAAGAAAGCAUUAAGUAUAACUUAGGAACACAUCACUUAUACUGGUAUUAAAUUCGAAGAAAGAACCAUUACUGUAUGCGCUUAUUUAAGAAUAGUCUAUGCCUUGUUAGGUUAUUGUCCUUAGGAUCAAAAUAAACCAAAUGUUCAAAGAUAACAAAUGGCUGAAUAAUUGGGAUAGAGAGCUGAAUAUAUCAGAGAAUUAACUUUAAUUUGUUAAUGGGCUGAUUGGCAUAAUGGGAAUAUAGGAGCCAAAUAUCUUAAAAUAAUGAAUGUAAUUUUAGAAUAUUCUUUUUGUGCUAAAGAAAAGUCGUUUAUAAUAUCCUUCUUUGUUAUUGCUAAAGCAAUUAGAGAUAUGCUAGAUAUAAUCUCUGUUAAACUACAAAAUGAGGAUAAGUUCCCAUUGACUUAUGAUGAUUUGGUUUUGAUUAAAGAAACAUGUGAAUGCAUGAGCAAAAUUGCUUCUAAUCUAACUAAAAUAUCCUAUGAAGAUAAAAUUAUGGAAACCUAUGAAAAAGAUUAUUCUGAGGAUUUCUAAAAAUUAAGAACAGAAGAAAGAAAUUAAAUAGCUACACUUAUCAAUAGAUAAAUCGAUGAAUAUAUCCUACUUAAUUUACUUCCAUUAUAAGGUUUUACAAUAUUCUUAGAAAUUAUUGUAUGGGAUAUGCAAUCAGAAAAAAGUCUCCUUUCUGCAGUAAGCUUAGAUGAAAGGUUCUUUAAAAUUAAAUCAUAGACAAGAUCCUCAUUGAUUAAAUUAGUAGGUCUGUAUAUUGUAAAAUGUAAAAGUUUAAAAUUCUAGAUUCUAUCUGUCUUAACGAAAAUGGAAGUUUUUAACAAAAAGUUUAUAAGAUAAUCAUUUAUUUAAGAAAUACUGGAAGAUUUAUUUGCAUUUGAUUAUCAAUUAAAAUUACAAUCAAGCCUAUUAAAUAGAUCAAUCUUAAUUAAGAAUAAGGAUGAUGAAGAAUAAUAAGGAAGCUAAAGACCUGAUUAUUAUGUUGAGCAUUUCAUAAAAUGCUAUUAUCAAACACAAAAAGGGCUCAAUCUGCCUUCAUUAGUUGUAGUGACUUCUAAGUAUUUUAUACUCUGUGAGGCUGAUGAGGAUAUUUCAAAGAAAUAGAAUCCUAAUAUUUAAUUUGAAAAUCCAAAGUUAUUAAUGGAAUUUACUUCUCUUAAAUUGAUAUUCAAAAUUAAUAAAUCAUAGGUAAAUACUAUAUUGUUAUUCUAGAUUGAAGGUUGUUAUAAAAUGGAAGGUGAUCAAAGAAUCUGUGUUCUCUAUUCAAUAACUGAUUAGCCUCCUCCUUUCAAAGAUGAAGACUCUUUAGAAGUUGCUAUCAUAUUCUUCCCUAAAAUAAUUUCAUUUAUGAAAUUUUAGAUAGCUUUGAAUAAUAUCAAGUUCUCUGAUGAUACAAUCAGUCAAGGUGCUUUGUUAUAUAUAAGUAAUGGUAUUUAACCNGAAGAAAGAACCAUUACUGUAUGCGCUUAUUUAAGAAUAGUCUAUGCCUUGUUAGGUUAUUGUCCUUAGGAUCAAAAUAAACCAAAUGUUCAAAGAUAACAAAUGGCUGAAUAAUUGGGAUAGAGAGCUGAAUAUAUCAGAGAAUUAACUUUAAUUUGUUAAUGGGCUGAUUGGCAUAAUGGGAAUAUAGGAGCCAAAUAUCUUAAAAUAAUGAAUGUAAUUUUAGAAUAUUCUUUUUGUGCUAAAGAAAAGUCGUUUAUAAUAUCCUUCUUUGUUAUUGCUAAAGCAAUUAGAGAUAUGCUAGAUAUAAUCUCUGUUAAACUACAAAAUGAGGAUAAGUUCCCAUUGACUUAUGAUGAUUUGGUUUUGAUUAAAGAAACAUGUGAAUGCAUGAGCAAAAUUGCUUCUAAUCUAACUAAAAUAUCCUAUGAAGAUAAAAUUAUGGAAACCUAUGAAAAAGAUUAUUCUGAGGAUUUCUAAAAAUUAAGAACAGAAGAAAGAAAUUAAAUAGCUACACUUAUCAAUAGAUAAAUCGAUGAAUAUAUCCUACUUAAUUUACUUCCAUUAUAAGGUUUUACAAUAUUCUUAGAAAUUAUUGUAUGGGAUAUGCAAUCAGAAAAAAGUCUCCUUUCUGCAGUAAGCUUAGAUGAAAGGUUCUUUAAAAUUAAAUCAUAGACAAGAUCCUCAUUGAUUAAAUUAGUAGGUCUGUAUAUUGUAAAAUGUAAAAGUUUAAAAUUCUAGAUUCUAUCUGUCUUAACGAAAAUGGAAGUUUUUAACAAAAAGUUUAUAAGAUAAUCAUUUAUUUAAGAAAUACUGGAAGAUUUAUUUGCAUUUGAUUAUCAAUUAAAAUUACAAUCAAGCCUAUUAAAUAGAUCAAUCUUAAUUAAGAAUAAGGAUGAUGAAGAAUAAUAAGGAAGCUAAAGACCUGAUUAUUAUGUUGAGCAUUUCAUAAAAUGCUAUUAUCAAACACAAAAAGGGCUCAAUCUGCCUUCAUUAGUUGUAGUGACUUCUAAGUAUUUUAUACUCUGUGAGGCUGAUGAGGAUAUUUCAAAGAAAUAGAAUCCUAAUAUUUAAUUUGAAAAUCCAAAGUUAUUAAUGGAAUUUACUUCUCUUAAAUUGAUAUUCAAAAUUAAUAAAUCAUAGGUAAAUACUAUAUUGUUAUUCUAGAUUGAAGGUUGUUAUAAAAUGGAAGGUGAUCAAAGAAUCUGUGUUCUCUAUUCAAUAACUGAUUAGCCUCCUCCUUUCAAAGAUGAAGACUCUUUAGAAGUUGCUAUCAUAUUCUUCCCUAAAAUAAUUUCAUUUAUGAAAUUUUAGAUAGCUUUGAAUAAUAUCAAGUUCUCUGAUGAUACAAUCAGUCAAGGUGCUUUGUUAUAUAUAAGUAAUGGUAUUUAACCAAGAUGUACAAUGUGGGCUGUUGUUAAUCCUGAGAAACCAAUUUUUAAUAAAUUCAAAGAAUUCCACAAAAAAAGAAUGUUAGUCCAUAAUGAUGGUACAUAAAUUCGAAUAUUCACUGAAAAUCUUGAAGAUUGGUAACAUUUUUAGUAUUAUUAUUAUAUAGGUUUUUCCUUAAGCCAGAUUUAAUGCUUGAACAAACAGUAAACAAAAAAUAUGCAAAACUAACUUCAGAAACACAAAAGAAGCAAGCAAGCGAGCAAAAUUAUUUCAAAUUGAAAGCAACAUAUGAUUUAAGUAAACUGACUUUACUUGAGAUUGAUCAAACUUUACAUAAUUAAUUGAAUUUGUAAUUUGGAUCUUAAAGUGUUUUACGUCUACUUUUUGGAUGUGAUAGAGCAAGGGAAAUAUUUAAAUUUUCACUUUUAAAAUCAAUCGAAGUGAAGAAGUUCCAAAUUAAUAAUAUGAAAUGA